AUGAAGUACCAUGUGCCCCCAGGAAUGUUCACUGAACAUUACUCUAAACAAGAGUCAAGUGUCUUCCUUAGAAUUGCUGUGUCCCUUGGGGCCCAGUGGUCCCUGCUCCCCUGCAUGUGGCAGCAGCUCCCUAAUUCCCGCCAUCAGCUACCUCCCAUCACCCCACUUUCAUCAUCACACUCCAGGGUCACCCUGGCCAGCUCUUGUGCUGGGACAGGAGAUUACACCGUCUCUGUUCAAAGAGGGGAAAUGUGCCUGUGCCUUACGUCAAUGCACUCAGCAAGGAGAAGCACACCCUGUUAUCUUGUUGUUACCUGUAGUUUCUUUCGGGUGAUUGGAGGGAAAGGUAAAAUAAUGACCGGGCAUCUUAAAGGCUGGUAG